GUCACGGCUGGAUGAGCGUGAAUAAAUACAUGCACGCCCACUCUCAGCGAGGAGGGUCCUGGACUUUAGGCUUCAGCCAGUAGUUCCGACACUCCAUCCCCAGAACCUGACCAGGCAAAGAAGUAAAUAUUAACCUACACGACGACUGUAUUGAAGUUGGCAUCAAAACGCUUCCUGCUACAGGAACAAUCUGCAGCCAUGUCUGUACUCACCCACCUUCUGGCGUGCCUUUUUGGCAUGGGUUCCUGGGUAUCCAUCAAUGGUCUUUGGGUAGAACUUCCUCUGAUCGUCCCCCAAAUUCCAGAGGGCUGGUACCUCCCAUCGUACCUCUCGGUUCUAAUCCAGAUGGCCAACGUAGGCCCGCUCUUCGUCACCCUGAUGCACCGUUUCAGACCGGGAGCUCUCAGCGAAACUGCCGUCGUCUACGUCAUCAUCACCCUCGGCACAAUGGCCAGUUUCCUGUUAGGUUUCUUCUGGAAGGAGACUGUCGUUGUAGCGGGAGCACCCCGCAGCGUGGCGUUGCUUGUCCUCACUUUCUUCCUCGCUGCUGUUGACUGCACCUCCUCGGUUACCUUCCUUCCUUUCAUGAUGCGCCUCAAGCCCCAGUACCUCACCACCUACUACAUAGGCGAAGGAGUGAGCGGCCUACUGCCCGCUCUUGUGGCCCUCGUCCAGGGUGUUGGUGUGGUUCACUGCAUCAACAGUACUGUGAGCCAAAACGCCACCGAGAGUUUUCCGACAUUUCAGGCUCAACACCAGCCGGCCAACUUUUCAGCAGAGGUCUUCUUCUUCUUCCUGAGCGCUAUGAUGCUUGUGUGCUUGGUGGCAUUCCUGCUGCUCAACUAUCACCCCGCCGUUGCCAAGGAGAAGACAAAAGACCGGUACAUCAACGGGGUUAAUGAGAAGAAUUGGGUGGAGAAGAGGCCAAUGGUGGAACCGUACAGACCCGAAAGACAGAAGAGCAGUUUCGGUGUUGGGACUUACAGCUGGAUGCAAGUGUUUUACAUCUUCGUGAUCCUGGCGUGGACCAAUGCUCUGACAAAUGCGGUGCUUCCGUCAGUGCAGUCGUACUCAUGCAUGCCAUACGGAAACAACGCCUAUCACCUGUCUGCCACCAUGGCGGCUGUGUCCAACCCUUUGGCCUGCUUCAUUGCCAUGUUCUUCUCGAUAAGAUCCUUGUGGCUGAUGGGGGUUCUUACAUUCCUGGGCAGUGGCAUCGGGGCUUUUAUAAUGAGUAUGGCCACCCUCAGCCCGUGUCCACUGCUGGUGAAUGACGUGUGGGGUGGCGUGAUCAUGGUAGUGGCGUGGAUCGUGUUCGUUCUCACCCUGUCCUAUGUCAAAGUGAUCAUCGGUGUGAUCUUGCGGGACGAGGGUCACAGCGCCCUGGUGUGGUGCGGGGCGGUGGUUCAACUGGGUUCCCUGCUGGGUGCCGUUACCAUGUUCCCAAUGGUCAGUGUGUACAGCUUCUUUGCGUCCGGAGAUCCGUGCAACACCCGAUGUCCGUGAAAGAGCGGUACAUUUUUUGUUUUUUUUAUUUUACUUUUUUUCUACUGUCGUUAGAUGCUAACAGAACAUUGAGCCUACUUGGCGGAGAGAAAGUGUGAAUAAAUUGCACGCUCUGAUUAUAAUUACACCCCUAUUAGUAUUUACAAGUUUGCCGUGUUGUUUUCGGUAUUUUUCUUGUUAAUGACAGUUUUAAUGAACUACUAUGGGUUAUUUUUUGUUCGUUGUAUGUAAAUAGUGAGAGAAUUUGUUUGCAACUUAACUGAUGAAAAAUGGUUG